UUUAAUAAAUUUUUUUUUUUAGACUAAAACUUUUUCUUUCACAAUAUAUAUAUAUAUAUAUAUAUAUUGUAACGUUGCAAAAUUUUUUGUAUAAAAUAAUACCUGGAGGAUCGCCAAAAGCUCGGUAAUUGGCCAAAAUAAUUUUAUUUUUCAUUUUCUUAUUUUCGUAUUUUCUAUUUUUUAAUGUAAUCUUCCUCGGAAUAAUGGAUCUCGAGAGACGAAGCUGAAUGGACAACCUUUUUGCAAGAUGUCUGAUGUUUCACGACUAUGGAAUGGCUAACAGGACAAUUUAUAUAAAAAAUAUGUUUGAAUUUGCCGCCAUGGGUCACCUGAUAUGUCAAAUCUUUGAAAUUCAAAUUUUUCAUGAAGAUGUAAUCUGCCUUCAAUUCAAAUUUGCCGCUAAGGAUUCCGGAAAUUUCCGAUGUAAAGAUGACAUCCACUGCUCAAAAUGCAUUGAAAAAUGGAAAAUCAUCGCAGUAAAAAAUUAUAAAGUUUCGAUUUGUUAGUGUUACCUUUUGGCCUGUCGGCCAAGGGCCCUGUCAGCUUACGGCCCUGCGCUCUUUGGACUUCACGACAAUGCAGGUUACCUUAGAAGUCAUGAAUCUAAUGGUCUAACCACUGGAAGUCAAAGAACUCAGGAGGGAUAAUUUACUAAAUUUCAAAUCAGGAUGAGACCACACUCAACAUGGUAAUAGUAAAAUAUCAAACGAAUCCCGGAAAGCACCCUGUCACCAUUACUAGUCACGUCACUGAUGGAGCAGACGACAUCAAUCUCAAACGCCGACGAUCAAUAUCUGUAUCGACCACGCUGUCGACACUCUCUCCUGGCGAUCCUCCGAGUUUGGAACUCUUAUUGUUAAACUUGUCUAUUAUAAUAUUAUAGUAAAAAUUGUGUUGAACGUGAUAUUGUGUUUCACUGGAAUUAAAGGUGUCCAAGGAGAAACCCAUUUACCCCCAUUUGGUAACCAACCUCCAAAGAGUAACCACAUCAUGGACAAUAAUAAUUCGAAACCAUUAACGUCAGAUGGCGACGAUGAUCCAAAUACUAGCGAACACUUAAAAGAAAUAAUGGAAACAAUGAUCGCUGUAGCUCGUACGCAAAUACGAGAGUUGCAAGAAGAAUCUACAGCACAAAAAACAAGGAUAGAAAAUCUUCUUUGUUUAAACAACACAUUAGCCCAAGAGAACAGAAGACUUGGAGACAAACUCGCCCCCUUUCUCAUUGAAGAAAACGUGGAAAACAGCUGGACUGCAGAGGAUGACAUCAUUCUAUCAAAUUGUGCUGGAUGGCGAUCUAUAAAGCCAUACUAUAAAGUCCUAAAAAGAAUGACACACUUGUACGAAGGAUUGUUACCCUCACUGAUUGAAGCAUACAAGUUGGAAAUCGAAUCCAGAAUCGUCAGCAGUGGAGGAAGAAUAAUACCUUUCCCAGAGGAGCAUGAAUUGCAGGAAUAUAUUCAGAACAAAUCCGAACGCGAAGAACACUCCCUAAAUAAAACACAUGUUGCCUGUCAAACAAAUCCCGGUAACCAUUUCCAUCAACUUCCACCAACCGUCAAUCAAACCACUCAAACUCCUCUUCGGCUAACUCCAAGUCAAGGUACCCAAACUCCUAUAGCCCUUCCUUGUAUGUACCACCAAUCCACUCAAACCAACACACUGCUUAACAUUUUUGAUAACUCCCCAUUUAUUUAUUCUGACGAAAUCCCAUUAGAUACCCCUGGUGACACACCAAUUGUUUGCUCCAAUGAAACUCCACUGAUCAUCCUUGAUGACUCACCAUUAAUCACCUUUGAUGAUGAUCCACUCAUCCCUUUCGAUGAAUCCUCAGCUGCCAGGCCCAGUUACCCUAGUACCCCUGAUGAAAUUCUAUUAGAAUUUCAGUUACCAAAUCACCGUUCCAAUAAUUUGAGCUCGAAUGAUUCCCCGUCUGUACACGAAUUAGAGAACCUCCUGAUUGGUGACUCAAAUGUUACCUCUUCCGCUGAGUCAGCAGUUCCCCCCCAUCAUUGCUAUCCUCCAUUCACCAAUACCAAUGAUCUUGAAGUAAUCUCGUCUAACGACACAUCAUCACUUCCUAUCAAUGAUUCCCAAAUGGACCAAAAUAAGUCUUCUUCCAAAUUCCGUCAAACUAGGUUUGAAUCCCAAGAUAUAGAUCACCCCAUAUUGAAAGAGAACUUUGUCAGAAGUAAACGUCAACAUGUCGCGGAAUCAACUGUUACCUCAACCUCCUCGACUAAAAAACAAGCCACCCGUCAAAACAUAGUCACCCCUAAAGAUUCCUCGCAUAAAACAAAUACUCGUGACCAGGUCCCAUCUCUCUUGUCCCUCAAAAUAGAUAAACCCGCUAAUUUAGACCGCGAAACAAUAUCAUGGCUUAAGCGCAGCCCACUUCAUGGUUGCUGGAAUUGCGGACAUUCCAAACAUGGACAUGAAAAUUGUCCAUAUCCCGAAGAAAGAUCAUUUUGUAAAACCUGCGGAGAUACUGUUCCCGAAAACAAAGUUUGCAGAAAUUGCCAAAUCACCGAGAACGUAAUGAAUCGCAAACGUUAAAGUUUAACGAAAAAAAAAAAAAAGUAUUUUUUUUGUUUUAAUAUUCUCACUUUAUUAUAUUUUUAUUUACCAAUCAUAUUAAUCUUCUUAUAAAAUAUAUAAUUCAAAUUUUUUUUUGUUUCUUUAGUUUAGAUUAAAGUGUUAAAGUUACCGCUUGGUUGAAUUGACAUCAUUCAUCCGUUAUAAUAUUUAAUAUAAUAUAACCAUAAUUGAAAUAACUAUUAUCAUUUAAAAGAAAUAAUUUUUGUUCUAAUAAUUAAGUUCGACUAUAAAAGACUGAAGUAAUUAGUCAAUUAUUAAAUAAAAUUUCGAUAUAGAUCAUAUCGAUUAAAGACUGUACUAACGAUAUUAGUAAGUUAUUAAAGUCCUGUGACUUAGAAAGUAUUACUUCAUGAGAUUAUUAUCUGGUGUAACAGAGAAAAAGUAUUAUUUCAUUUUUGACUUGAACCAUGUUAUCUCUAGAAAAUUGUGAUAUAGAGUAACCGAGUUCCCAUGUACAAUUUAAAUUUAAGCCUUUGAUUAAAAUUUAAUAGUUUUCUUAGAAAGUUGUUGUUGUUAUUAACUUAUCCUGCAGUAUUCAAAUUUUUCAUUUCGAUUUAAAAAAAAAAAAAAAAAAAAAAAAUUAUUUAAAUUACAAUUUUUUUUUGAUUCUUGAAAUAUAAGUUGAUUUCUUUUAUUUUAAGAUUGUGUUAAGAUGAAUAAUAUUUUCUGUUAAGAUCAAUUCAAGAGUUAUUAUGAUAUAAUUUAAUUUUGCUAAAUGACUGAGUUUUUGGCACCAUCCGUCGGGAAGUUGACUUGUCGGAGACAAGUAGUCCUUCAUAGGCCUUCUCUAGACCCAGGGGUGUUGUAACGUUGCAAAAUUUUUUGUAUAAAAUAAUACCUGGAGGAUCGCCAAAAGCUCGGUAAUUGGCCAAAAUAAUUUUAUUUUUCAUUUUCUUAUUUUCGUAUUUUCUAUUUUUUAAUGUAAUCUUCCUCGGAAUAAUGGAUCUCGAGAGACGAAGCUGAAUGGACAACCUUUUUGCAAGAUGUCUGAUGUUUCACGACUAUGGAAUGGCUAACAGGACAAUUUAUAUAAAAAAUAUGUUUGAAUUUGCCGCCAUGGGUCACCUGAUAUGUCAAAUCUUUGAAAUUCAAAUUUUUCAUGAAGAUGUAAUCUGCCUUCAAUUCAAAUUUGCCGCUAAGGAUUCCGGAAAUUUCCGAUGUAAAGAUGACAUCCACUGCUCAAAAUGCAUUGAAAAAUGGAAAAUCAUCGCAGUAAAAAAUUAUAAAGUUUCGAUUUGUUAGUGUUACCUUUUGGCCUGUCGGCCAAGGGCCCUGUCAGCUUACGGCCCUGCGCUCUUUGGACUUCACGACAAUGCAGGUUACCUUAGAAGUCAUGAAUCUAAUGGUCUAACCACUGGAAGUCAAAGAACUCAGGAGGGAUAAUUUACUAAAUUUCAAAUCAGGAUGAGACCACACUCAACAUGGUAAUAGUAAAAUAUCAAACGAAUCCCGGAAAGCACCCUGUCACCAUUACUAGUCACGUCACUGAUGGAGCAGACGACAUCAAUCUCAAACGCCGACGAUCAAUAUCUGUAUCGACCACGCUGUCGACACUCUCUCCUGGCGAUCCUCCGAGUUUGGAACUCUUAUUGUUAAACUUGUCUAUUAUAAUAUUAUAGUAAAAAUUGUGUUGAACGUGAUAUUGUGUUUCACUGGAAUUAAAGGUAGGACUUUUGUCUUUGGCCCUUCAGGCAAUAUCUGGUUGAUUUCCCGACGAUAAUUGCUAUUUUUUUAUUUUAAUAUUAUGGUUACCUGUAAGGAAUGAUGUUCUCAAUUUGUUACCCCUUUUUUUGAUUUGGCUGGUGCCGUUAAAUUUAUUAACAGAGAAUCUAGUCUGGUGACCUUGUGAUUCUUGUUAAUGAAUAUUAUUUAUAAUUUAUUAAAAUAAUCUUAACAUCUUGCCGUGUGGCUGCUUGAUUAUUACAUGCAUUAUUUUGUUUAAUUUACCGGUAACAUAAAGAGAGAUCCUCAUUCCUGACCAUGUGACCAUCUUUCUUUUGAAUUUUUCUUGUUUAUUGUGAUUAUUACAUUGAUUUUCUAAUUUUUAUUUGUUGUUGUGAUAAAUAUGUUUUUGAUAAGAUUUGGCCAUUACUGAGCAUAGAGAGAGAGAGUCAAUUAUUGGUUACCCUAAUUAUUGAUUUUUGUUCCCCUUUCUUUCUAUUGUCAAUCCCUUUUUUAUUAUUGGAUAUUCUGUAAUGGUCACCACUUUCUUCCUUUUAUUAUUGUAAAUUUCCCCAACUAUUGUUUCACAAUAUAAUAAACGAUUAUUUGUAAAUUUUAUUAUGAAUUAAUUUUCUGAAUUCACGCCUCUCCGUUAUUUUUCGUAGAGCUAGUCGAGUUAAUUUAUGUUAUGAAUUAUAACUUUUUUUGUUUAAAAUUUUGAGUUGAUCCAAGCAAGAUCUGGCGCCCUUCUGGUAAAUUUUCUUUGAUAUUCCGAUAUUUUUCUUUUAAUUUUUUUGUAAUGAGAAUUCUAAUAUUGGCGUUAAAAAUUCAAAUUUUUUUUGUUGAAUAGCGAUAUAUUUAGAAUGUCGUUUGUAUCUUUUUAAUUAUUAUAUUUAAUUUAGUAAUCAUUAUAUUUUCAUUACAA